UAUACACAGCUGCCUGCGUACCAAUCCAUAGACUGUUAGACAUAACCUUUUUUAUAUUAAAUUUAAUCUUGCUUUUCCUCUAAACAUUGACAUUCGCGUACAUACUGGCAAGCACAAGUUCGCGUUCAAAACUAAGCUGAUAGUAAACAUUAGGAGGAGCAUCUUUAGAAACUUCCAAAGAAACUACUCUCAUUCCAAAGAUAAUAUGCCAUCAGCAUGUGCAGUACCUAGCUGUAAAACUGGAAAAUCAAACAAGCUUAAGCAAAGGUUAUCAAUUUUUAAAGUGCCAAAUAAUGAUGACUUGAGAAAGAAAUGGGAAAACGCUAUUCCUGAUGUCUCUUCUUUAAAAACUACCCAGUAUGUUUGCGAAAGACACUUUGAAGAACAAUACAUCAUAAGGAGAUACAUAAAGCAAGACAAUGAGGGAAAUGUCAUAGCCGAUAUUCCAUACAAGCGACCAAGACUGCAAGUAAAUACAGUGCCAAGUUUAUUUAAGGAACAUAUUAAACCUUUGAAUAUAAAUGAAAGUAACGAGAACAAAUUAGAACCAAUUCAAAAUGACUGUAUGACAAAUACUCUUCCACAACUUCCACCUUGCAAUGAUGACUUUGGUUCUAUUAUUAAUGGUAUAGAAAUACCUCUUCAACCAAGUUGCGAAAACAGUCAACUCUUUGCUAAUUUAUCCAUGCAAGACUGUAAUCUAUUCAAUAGUAAUGCAAGCGAAAAAUUAUUAACAAGUUGUAGUAUAGAUUUAGAUGAUGAGAAAAGAGUUGUAAAUGACGAUGUCAAUUUAUCUAAAAGUAAUCAAUGUCAAAAUGUUGAUUGCAGUGGAAAAAUUGAAUGUACAGAUUAUGAACUUUUGACAACAGCUUUCACAGUCAAAAAUGAAAAUUAUGGUGCAAAUGCUGAUACUUUGCAAAUUAAAGACGAAUUGAAUAUCACCAGGUCAAUCACUGGAGAGUUGGACUCAACGUUAUACACAGUAAACUAUGAAACUUGUAAUACUGUGGAUAUACUUGACUUGGAUCAUAAUUAUACAGUCAACAUGCCAAAAACACUAAAAUAUUCCAAUACAGUCUGUAUAGACGGCGAAAACAUUGUUCUUCCACAAUUUUGGAGUAUUUCCGAAUGUUAUGCCAAAAAUGGAAAAAAACUUGUAUUCACACAUACGCACAUUCAAACCAAAGAUAUAACUGUUAGCACAGUUCUACAUAAAUGUGUUACCAUAGAUUUCUGUGAUGGGCAAAUAGAAUACUUUGUUUAUGGUCGUCAAAUAAAUGAAGUAUCACAUUUGAAAUUGCCAAGUAUUUUUAGUAAAAGUACAAUUUUACCGAUUCUUCUGAAGAAAUUUCAAGCAAUGCAUGCUUGUGAAGGAAUUGAAUCAAGUCUGAGUCUCAUUAAAGAAAGCCAUGAAAUGGAUAAUACUCUAUGCUUUGGAUAUAACUACCACCACCGGCAAUGCUCUCUAUUAUCAUCAACUAAAAUAUGUGAGCAUUGUAACAAGUUGCAGAAAACAAUUUUACGAAGACGUCUACGAUCAUUACACCGCGCCAAAAAAACAAAUAAUGUUCUGACUACCUUAAACAUAAUGGAUUCUCAAAAACUCCAACUCUUAAAAAGAAAAUUGUAUCGUGAAAAAAAAAGAUUGAAAAAUAUGUCAAAUUAGUAUACGAGCCUUUUUUAACAUUACAGUAACGUUCAUAGCACAAUAAGAAGAAGUGAAUUCGACGAAAUGUUGAACUUAUUAUUUUCUAUAUGCUUCUAUGUAAAUAAUUUUUUUGAUAGUUUUUUAAUUUUUUUAGAUAUAUGUCUAUUUUUAUAAAACGAAUCAAUGAUAUUAAGUUUGACCAAAAAGUGAUAAUUUCCAUGACAAAUGACAAAUAUAUUUUAUAAGAUUUAACUUCUUCUGAAUGAAAUAAAACAUUUUUUGC